AUGUCAGUCUAUUGUACUGGAACAUUUAUUGGUCAGCGAGUUAUCGAUGCUUCUGUAUCUAUUGAUAUCAUUGAACAAAAUUCAUUGAAAUUUACCCUAAGUUUUACUCCAACAAAACGAUAUCCAUCAGCAUUUGGUGCUGGAUUUUAUGAUAAUGAUCCGAAAAUAUCAUCAAGUAGUAUAAUUCAUGGUACUUAUGAUAGUGUAACUCAACAAGCUUCUCUAAUAGAAAUGAUGAAUGGCACAGUAAUGUAUGAAUAUCAAUGCAAAUUAACAGUUGAUAAAACAGUCGGAACUACUUAUUUACAUGGCACUUGGAAAUCAUUGAUAAAUUCCAAUAUUUUCGGUAAAUUGGUAAUGAUUAGUGAACCGGAUAGUAUAUCUCAUUGUUUAUCGGGAAUAUGGACAGGUGAAGCACAACCGGCUGUAGAACUUGCCGAUUUUUUCAUUCCUGUUAAUCCAAUUCGAUGGUGUGCUACAUUAUUUCGAAUCAACAAUGAUACAUGGCAAAUGUUUGGUAGCGGUUAUUUCAAUGAUUCAGCUGAUAUACCUAAUCAACCAUUGUUAUUCUUUUCAUUGGAUGGAAAAGGAACACUUGAUGAUAUGAAUAUUAUCAAGAAAUAUGCAACGAUCGAAUACAAUGUGGAAUAUCGAGGUAAAAUUAGCAAAUGUGAAACAGAUACAUAUAUAUUUACGGGUAAUUGGUCAAAUGCUCAAGCAGGUAGUUAUGGAUCAUUUCAAGCUGAACAAUGUCAAUUGAAUCCUAUGUUUACAUAUCGACUUGAUAUAUGUAUAUGUGCUGUAUGCACAAAUAUACUUAAUCCGGGUGAUAAUCGUUGGUUUUGUGCUCCAUGCCAUUUUACAACGUGUCCUGGAUGUAAUCUUAAUGAUGUAGCCAUGGCUCAUUCACAUAAAUUAGUACCACAUAUUCUUCCUACUCAACAACGAGCGCAUGGUUCAACAUCUGUUGAAUUGAUCAACAAUGCUUUUCACGUAUUCGGAUCAUCGCCAUUUAUCAGUUUCAGAAAUCGAGAGAGUGGACAGUUGGUAUGGUUAACAUAUAAUGAUAUGUCAUCUAAAUGUUACGCAUUAGCAAAAUAUUGGAAACAAUUUCUCUUGAAUAUCAAUCAAAAUGUCAGACCAUUCAUAAUGCUCUUAGCUGAUACUUCACCUGCUUAUAUUGCUUCACUAUUAGCGGGACUUUUGUGCCAAGCUGUGCUUGUUCCAACGAAUGGAGCUUUGCAAGUCGAUGCUUUAACGCAUAUUUUAUCGACAACCGAUCCAUCUAUUAUUAUUGUUGGCGAACAAUACUUCGAUAAAAUUUCAAGUAUUUUAGUACCGAAGUCAAGCAGAUUAAUAAUGACAAUUAGUCAAAAAGAAGAACAAUUUCAACCAGUAACAUCGAUUCUGAAAGAUUCAAUUUCAUUGACAACUGCUCUUGAAUUAGGUGUCAAAGUUCAAAACGAUAUUCUAUCAAAUUCUCCUCUAUCUAAUGACACGAUUUCGGCCAUUCUUUCUACAUCUGGUAGUACAGGACAUCCAAAAGGAGCAAUAUUCACUGAAGAUUUAUUAGUUCCUACGGAUACAUUUACGCUCAUAUCACCAUUCAUUCGUAUCGAUUAUCAACCAUUCGAUCCUGUUUUAGUGCUAUCACUCAUGAGUACGAUACAAUAUGGAAGUAGUCGAGGUCUAACAAAUCUAAAAGAUAUGUGGGAUGACAUCAGAGAUAUAAGGCCAACAAGUCUUGGUUUAAGUCCAGCAAUAUGGACCUUUCUGUAUAAAAUCUACUUGAGAAAGCUGACAGGACAUGCAACAGACGAACAGCGAGAGAAUGCAGCAAGAGAAAUGCAACAAAGUUUAGGCGGUCGAGUGAUCAGUGGAACAUCGGGUGGUGGCUCGAUUUCUCCUUCAGUAUUAUCAUUCAUUCGAAAUGUAUUAAAAAUCGAUGUUGUCAAUAUGUAUGGUUGUCGAGAAUGUGGUAAUAUUUCCCGAGAUGGUGUUCUCUAUCCAGGUGUUGAUGUCAAAUUAAUUCCAGUACCUGAUUUAGAAUUAGAUGGAGAAACAGAAGGUGAAAUUUGUAUUCAUUCACCUCGAAUGAUAUCUGGUUAUUGGGGACUUGAUAAUCAUUCUUCAUUUAUUAAUAUCGAUGGAAAACGAUACUAUAAAACUGGUGAUAUUGGAAUACUAACCCAACGAACAUUAAAACUGUUCGAUCGAUCAGGUACAAUGAUAAAGAACUCGUUAGCUGAAUGGAUUUCUCCAGUUAAAAUUGAAAAUAUUCUGGAACAACUGCCAGAAAUUUCAUCGGCAUUUAUUUUAGGUGAUUCAAGUUGUACUUAUGUGGCAGCCAUUGUAUGUCCAUCUGAAAUCGGUAGAACAUUGAAUGAAUCUGAAAUGUUACAAUUAAUUCGAUUCUAUGGCGCACAUUGUGGUUUACGUGGAUCAGAAAUACCUCAAUGUAUUUACAUCGAACGAGAUAUUAUUUGGAAUGAAAUAAACGGUCUUAUGAAAGAGAAAAAAUGUCGUACAGCAUUGAUGAAACAUUAUUCUCAAGUCAAAACUGAUCUUUUUCAUCAAGAAAAUAUUCAAGAACAUGUCAAAAAUCUUGAUUUGAAUAUAGAAUUCGUAUCCAUAUUAGAAAAUGUUUUAAAUCGUUCUUUAAAAGGACAUAUCAAUGGUGGAAAUACGUUCUUAGAAAUCGGUGCUGAUUCUUUAGCUGUUGCUCGUCUAUGCAAAGUCUAUCAUGAACGUGAUAUUCCUCUGAAUCCAUCCACUGUAUACAAUUAUCAAUUAAAUCAUCUUGAAGAAAUACUUUUGAAAAAACGUAUCAUAUAUAAUGAAAUCAUAAUCGAUAUUGAUUGGAAAAAGGAAUAUCAGAUUCCUGAUCGAAUUAAAAAUCUUAUUCGAAAAUCAUCAAAUCCACGAAAGACGAAUAUUUUAGUUACUGGUUGUACUGGAUUUUUAGGUCCACUACUCAUUAGUGAAAUCUUCAACAAAACAGAUAGUAGUGUUGUAAUUUAUUGUCUGAUAAGAGCGAACGAUAUCAAACAUGCACAACAACGUCUAGAACAAGAUUUGCAAAAAUGUGAACGCUUUUCUUCGAUCGAUUGGACAAGAAUUCGAUGUAUUGUUGGUGAUGUUUCGAAAGAAAAUCUUGGCUUAACUCAAGAUUUCUAUAAUGACCUAACGCAACAAAUUGGUUUGAUUUAUCAUAAUGCAUCGAUUGUUAAUUUGCAAGUACCCUAUAAAGUUUUGAAAGAAUCGAACGUUUUUGGUACGUUAAAUUGUUUGGAAUUUGCAGUGAAAUCGAAUGCUCGACUCAUUUACACAAGUUCUACAGCUUCAUUAUCUGGUUUGAUUGAUUUUAAAGAAGAUUCCAAUGGAUGGAUAACAUUAGCAUCGAAUGAUAUGAAUCU